AAAGAUCGAGUUACUACAUUCCGACACUCCAGUGUGUUGAUUUUUUAUUGGUACUUUAAUUUUAGCAAAAAGAACGGUUGUAUUUGUAAUAUUGCACAAUAUUUGGUUGAAUUGGUGAGCAGAAUAAGUUUACCAAAACUAUUCUGAAUAGCCAUGCCACGGGAAAAGUCGUAUUCACCAAGGGGAAGCUACAGAAGGACGCCAGAAAAACGGUUUGACAGAAGGAAAAGGUCAGGGUCUCCUAGAAGGUCAAGGUCAUUUUCGCCAAAAUAUAGAGGAAAAAAACACUACUCCCCAAAACGCAGAUCACCAGGAUACAGCAGAGGGAGAGGCAGGGUGAGAGAAAGAGAGCACAACUUGUCUUAUGAAAGCAGAAAACCAUCAUUUGAGAAACGCAAAUGGUCUCCAUUAAGGAAAGAUUCUGGUCAUCGUUAUUCAAGAUCUUGCUCCCCGUCACCAAAUAGACGGUCACGCUCUCGAUCACCAAGGAGGAAGUCUCCAGAACUAUCAGGAAGAGGUUCUAGACCUCUGAGUUUUGAUGAGAAGAGAAGAGAUUCAUCCAGUGUGGGCGUGGCUCAUGGACGUCCAGAGACAUCAGCAUUAUCACGCAGAGAUCCUCUCACUAAAUCGGUGUCCUCUGUAGAAUUGGGUGGAUUUAAAUCCUACAGGGAUAUGUCUCCUGUUAGUUCUCUGUCUGCGCUUCCCCCUGGUGUCAUCGGAACAGUGACAGUAGCUCCCCCUAGUGCCAGGAGGCCGCUUUUAUCAGAGAGAUUUGAAAAUACUGACCUGGAUUUUGUAGGGCCAGUUAGAAUCGAUGAGAACAUCACGAUAGGAAUCCAUCGCACGGGACCUAAUCUACGUAACACUCCAAAUAAGCCUGUAGUUCGGGAUUUCGAUCCCUAUAAUUUUGUUAUGCUACGGAGAAGAGAUGAAGGGAAGAAAGCUAUUUUUGAUCGUGAAGAAAUCAAAAUUUUUGGAUUAGAUAAUAUAUUAGAUGAACAGAUAUAUGAUGAAAAAAGAACAAUUAGUGUUGUUCCAUCAGACGACCACAAGAGAUCCAUCCGUUCGAGCAGCAGAUACUCCCCGGACCGACAGGACACAAGAACUGUGAAAUCAGCAGACCGAUCAAGGGAACCUACUAUACGGUUGAAUCCAAAGCCAGAUCCUCGAUAUGAAAAAUUGUUCCAGAACACAGAGGCUUACGAAAGUAAAAGCAUCAACCCCAAUGAUUUACGUCAUAACCUAAUGAAGCGGAAAUAUGACGACGACGAUAGCUUUGAUGCGAGGAGAAGAUUAGAGGACAGACGAAAGGGCUCAAGUCGAGAUUACUCCGAAGGACUAGAGGACAGACGCAAGGGCUCAAGUCGAGAUUACUCAGAAGGACUAGAGGACAGACGGAAGGGCUCAAGUCGAGAUUACUCAGAAGGAGACAGAAGAAAAUCACUAGAUGAAAGGUUGGGAAGGAAGUCUGAUUCUGAGGAACUUCCAGAUUUUAAAAACCGUCCUGGGAAGUACAAAUUCGAAGCGUGGAAGGAAAAUCCAGAAAUGAUACCAAAGCAUCCUAUGUACUUCGAGCAUGACAACAGAGACAAGGAACUGGCCUCAAGAGGAAGGUUCAAUGAUUCCCGAGGAUUUCGUGGGGGAUUCCGCGGAAGUUUUCGAGCAGGUUUUAGGAGGCCCUUCAGAGGAGGUUUCCGUGGACGAGGCUUUAGAGGCGGGUUUAGGGGGCGUGGCUUCAGUAAUUACAAACCCACAAGUAACUACUAUUCCAAUAAAAGGGAUGACGAUGAAGAUUACAAUAAAAAAUACGGAUUUCAUUAUCGAACAGAAAAACGGUCGCGUGAUUCUGACACCUGGAAACAUGACUUGUACGACACCAUAGAAAAGGAGGAGAAAGGGAUCAAGUCCGAUGACAAGUCUCAUGAUGAUAACAAACCCACCAGUACCACCACAUAGAGACAGGUGUCUCCAGCACCACAUGACAGUAACAAACCCACAAAUACAUGUACCACCUCAUAAAGGCAGUGGCUACAACAACACUACAUCAGGGCCAUUAGUAUCAUUAUUCAAAAUACCCAUACAGUGUCAUUACCGCUUAGACCGACACAGGGUUCCAUUACUACUUAGAUAGAGGCAGCGCUCCAUUACUACUUUAGUAGAGGAGGGGCUCUGUCUCCAUUAAAUGCUUCAGUUACAUUUCUAUUGUCAUUCCACAAAUCCAAACUACUACCACAUAGUGGUAAGGGCCCUGUUACCAUAGAAAGAUGUACAAACCAUUACCACAUGUAGUUAGCCACCGACUUCUGAAGUAUUUGAGGUACUAGCAGUGUUUAGUUGCUGUAAUAUUUUGCAUGGAGUCAGAGAUCUUGGUUAUUUACAGUAAUACCCCCCUCCCCAAACAACAAAAGAGCUGUACUUGUACAUUACUAUUACAUAUUAUCCCCUUGUCGUUCAGGUAUACAUAAAGCAAGUAAACCCCCCCCCCCCCCCCCCCCCCCCCCCAACUCGUGAUUUAUCUCAACAUUUGCAAUGAUCAUCACAUUAAACAAUCAGUUACUUGUGAUGCACCUGGUGCUUUGAACAUUUCAUCACCCUUGUAUGGAUCUCUGUAACUCCUUACACAAAAUUAAACUGUUUUUGAUACCAGUUGUUAAAUUGAUGAUUUUCAUCCAGUAUCAUCAGUUGUGUCCAUAUUUUUAAUAAUAUGUGUUGUAUAUGUAUGUUUUAAUGAAUAGGUAUAAUGUAUAUGUUUUAAACAUUAGAUGUCCAGAUGUUAUUAGUAGAAUGCAUGUACAAUAUACAGAGGAAUGUUCUCUGAGAGUUGAUACACAAGGUCUAAUUUUAUACUGCUUGUUUUAUUGAAAUUACAUGUACAAAUUCUACAUGUAAAUGACAAUGUUGUGCAUGUAUAUAUAUGCAUUGUAAAUUUCAUUCCAUGUACUAGAAUCAAAAUAUCCAUAUUUUGAAGAAAAAAAAUAAUCUCUUGAAUGACAGAAUUUAAAACAUGGAUAGUGUACUUCUGAUAAAGGAAUGUAAAUAAAGUAUGUAUGUACUAGG